AUGAUCACGGAAAAGCUUCUGGCUGCUAACCAGAGGAUUUUCUGUGCUUUUGUGGAUCUUGAGGAAGCAUUUGAUAAGGUUGUAUGGAAGAAAAUGUGGGAACUGUUGCCGGGGUAUGGUGUGGAUGGUCGAUUGCUAAGGGCCGUGCAGUCUCUUUACUGUGACUGUAAAGCCUGUGUGCGGGUAGGGCAUGACCUGUCACCCAUGUUUAGCGUCCAAACGGGCGUAAAACAGGGUUGUCUAUUGAAUUACAAAAGAUACGGCAUUAAUAUCAAUGGCCAGUACAUUACUCAUUUUCAAUUUGCCGACGAUAUAGUGCUUAUUGCAGAUUCGCAGGAGGACCUAAGCAUUAUGCUCAAUGACCUUAAUAGUGACUCCCAACAGAUAGGUUUUAAGAUGAACGUGGAAAAAACAUAG